GUGAAGUCAUCGCCCACAUCUCGAGCACCACCACCACUUCGUCGUCUCGUCCGAUUUUCCCGACACCACGCGCGGCCAUGUUGGACGCUUUCGAGAUCGUCACAACGUCGGGCAUUGUCCUCUGGCGGAAGCACUACGCUCCACUCUCUUCCAGCGUCAUCAACAGCCUGAUCAACGAUGUCUUCAUCGAGGAACGACAGAAGCCCGCCGGCGGCGACGGAGCUGGCCAUGCGCCAUACCGAAAGGACAAAUAUACUCUAAAGUAUACCACACUGAAAGAUGCCGGCCUGAUCUUCGUGGCUGUCUACCAGUCCUUAUUGCAUCUGUCCUGGAUCGAUAAUCUGUUGACCACAGUGAAAGCGCUAUUCGCUAAGCAGUAUGCUACCGAGCUCAAGAAGCAGCAUGUCUCGAAAAUCGACACACGGGACUUCGACCAGACCUUCGACGCCCUCGUUCGCAAGCUCGAUACUGGUAGUACCAGGCGCAGACCAAGCGAGGUGGAUUCAGAGAGCCAAGUCGAGCUCACACCGCCAUCGAGUUCCGCUUCGCAGGCAGAUGAGGAAGACGGUCCUCCUGCUCCGCCCGUACCCCACUUCAAGAAGCCUGCAGUACCUCAGGUGAAAGAUGUAGUAUACGAUACGACCAGCGCUGACAUCACGCCUGUCGCGACACCUGAUACUUCGCGACCUACCACACCACUGCACGCACCAUCACACCUGCUAGCAGCAAAGGCCGGACCUGGAGGGCUUUCGCGAAAGCAAAGAAAGAAAGCAAAUCAAUUUAGCAACUCUGCUCCAGUGUCUUCAGGCGACGAGAGUGAUAGGAGACCUAAGAGCUCGCAAGGGAAGGGCAAAGCGAAGCGGAGAUGGGAUGCCAGUGGUGUAGCCCAGGAAGACGAUGGUGAAGUGCUGGACUACAGUGCCACGGCCACACCGAGCAAUGAGGAGCCGAAUGCGCUAGAUGUCGACGACGUGAAUGCAACACAAAUGGGGAGUAGGACUACAAAAGGGCAAUUUGUGCUUAAGGAUCUCGAUGAUGAGGUGGAGGCAAUUUUGGCCGAGUCCAAGCAGCAAAAGCAAGCAGCGAGUACGGAGAAAGAGGUUUCCGGCCUCAUUGGUACUGCAAGCAGCAAGCUCUCUGGCUUGUUCCGAAACGUGGUGGGAGGUAAAUCGCUCACGAAAGAGGACUUGAAGCAACCCAUGCAGCAAAUACGAAAUUCGUUGCUGGAGAAGAACGUCGCACCAGAAGCUGCUGAUCGACUCUGUCAGAGUGUUGAGACAGAUCUUCUUAACCAGAAGACGGCAUCUUUCACUUCGAUCGAGAAGACGCUACGAGAGAGUAUGAGCAAAGCUCUGACUCGCAUACUUACACCCACCAGCUCACUGGACCUUCUCCGAAAUAUCAACAACACGAUCGAGGGUCGCAAUCCUCGCCCAUAUGUCAUUUCGAUCGUUGGAGUCAACGGUGUUGGCAAGAGCACAAACCUCAGCAAGAUCGCAUAUUUCUUGCUACAAAACAAGUUCAGGGUGCUUGUAGUGGCAUGUGAUACCUUCCGCUCCGGUGCUGUGGAACAACUCGGAGUACACGUACGCAAUUUGACCGAGUUGAGCCGAAGGGAAAAUGUUGGCCACGUGGAGCUUUUCCAAAAAGGCUACGGGAAAGACGCUGCAGAUGUGGCGAAGCAGGCUGUCACCUACGCCACGAACGCUGGAGGUGGUAAUAUUCUUUUCGAUGUUGUGCUGAUCGAUACUGCGGGACGACGACACAAUGAUCAGAGACUCAUGAGCUCUUUGACGAAAUUCGGGCAGCUGGCCAAUCCUGAUAAGAUUUUCAUGGUUGGUGAGGCGUUGGUUGGAACGGACAGUGUGUCACAGGCCAGACAUUUUGCGGAGCAAUUCGUUGACCAAAAGGGUGUGCUGAGGAACGGGGGUGUAGGUAUGGAUGGCUUUAUCAUUUCGAAGUGUGAUACUGUGGGCGACAUGGUGGGUACGCUUGUGAGUAUGGUGCACGCGACUGGCAUUCCAGUUGUAUUCCUAGGUGUCGGACAGCACUACGGCGAUCUGAGAGGUUUGAAUGUCGACUGGGCUGUUAGUAAGCUGAUGAAGUAAACGACAUGCUACAGAGAAUCAUUAUGAUGAAUAUACAUUGUGUAUUUGAGGCUGCCUUCUUGAACAGCUCCUAUCUUUGACACUGCUGACAAUCCCAUCUCAGUCAUCAGCUCGCGGAUGAUGCACCUAGAAGGCUAGAUA